CUCAUUGCAGCAGUUUUGGUACCAACCUAACUUCCUCUGUUCCAGCAGAACAUAGACUGAGAGAGAGAGAGAGAGAGAGAGAGAGAGAGAGUUUUAGGGAUGUCUGAUUGGGGCCCGGUGUUUGUGGCAGUGGUUCUGUUUGUGCUGUUGUCUCCAGGUCUGCUUUUCCAGUUGCCUGGGCGCCAUGGCUGCGUGGAGUUUGGGAGCUUUCAAACUAGUGGUGCAGCCAUCAUGGUUCACUCCCUCCUCUACUUUGCUCUCAUUUGCGUCUUCUUGUUGGCCAUCAAGGUCCAUUUUUACCUUGGUUAACUCUUUACCAGCUCCUCUGUUUUUGUGGUGAAAAUGGGACACCAAGGAAACAAGAAGAAAAUGUGGCCAACUUUGUUUUGAACAGAACAGAGUCCGAGGAAUAAUUAUUCUGUUUGGCUUCCAUUGUAACUUGUUAAUUACAGUUAAUGUUGUGUUUGUGAACUAAAGAUUGUUUAGUACUAAUAUCUAAGUGAGGCUUUGGUCAA